AACCCUAGAGAAAAAUCCCCACAAAGGGUGUGCAGUCACGAGGAACUUGCUAUAAAAAUUAUCAGUGCUCACUCUGGUAGAAGGUCCAGUGUUCACUCUUAUUACUUGAAGCUGAGGAAUACAACAGAAGCCUAGUCAGGAUGAACUCUACUUCUCAUGAGUUACCAGUAAGGACUCUGGAGUGCAUUGCCUCUCAGCUUGGUUGCAAUCUGACGGAUGAGAAACUUGCUUUGUAUCUGGAUGAACAGGAUGAGCUAAAGCACUUCCAAGAAUAUUUCCAUAUUCCAAAAAUGAAGGAUCUGCCUUUAAUUGAUCUGUCUUUAGUAAAUAAAGAUGAAAAUUGCAUCUACUUAUUGGGAAAUUCUCUUGGCCUUCAACCAAGGAAAGUUAAAACAUACCUGGAAGAGGAAAUGGAAAAGUGGGCCAAAAUAGGAAGUUAUGGUCAUGAAAUAGGAAAACGUCCUUGGAUUACAGGAGAUGAGUGCAUUGUACACCAUAUGAAUAACAUUGUAGGAGCUCAUAAGGAUGAAAUAGCCCUAAUGAAUGGCCUGACAGUUAAUUUGCAUCUCCUACUGUUAUCGUUUUUUAAGCCAACGCCAACACGAUUUAAAAUUCUUCUAGAAGCCAAAGCUUUUCCUUCUGACCAUUAUGCAAUUGAGUCACAACUGCAACUUCGUGGACUAGAUGUGGAAAAAAGUAUGCUGAUGAUAAAACCAAGACAGGGAGAGGACACCUUGAGAAUGGAAGAUAUCUUUGAAGUAAUUGAAAAGGAAGGAGACUCUAUUGCUGUGAUUUUGUUCAGUGGAGUGCAGUUCUAUACUGGGCAACUGUUUGAUAUACCUGCAAUUACAAAAGCUGGACAAGCAAAGGGUUGUUUUGUUGGCUUUGAUCUGGCCCAUGCAGUUGGUAAUGUUGAACUUUAUUUACAUGACUGGGGAGUAGAUUUUGCCUGCUGGUGUUCCUACAAGUAUUUAAAUUCAGGAGCAGGAGCCCUUGCUGGUGCCUUCAUUCACGAAAAGCAUGCACACACGAUGAAACCAGCAUUAACAGGCUGGUUUGGUCACAAACUUGAGAGUAGAUUUACCAUGGAUAACAAGCUGGAUUUAAUCCCAGGUGUCAAUGGAUAUCGACUAUCAAAUCCCCCUAUUUUGUUGGUUUGUGCCUUAGAAGCUAGUUUAGAGUGUGACAAGCGGGAACCAAGUGGCAUUCGAGUGGCUCCAGUUCCUCUCUACAAUUCUUUCCAUGAUGUUUACAAAUUUAUUAAUGUUCUUGCCUCUGCAAUUUCUGCUGCAAAACUAAAGUGAACAAAUCUAUUUUUAGCUCAACAAACCUAAUUAUAUUAGUGUCUCUGCUGUCACUUCCUGGCUAUUUCUGAUUGCAGCAAUGUAACCCUAUUGAGGUGAUGGUGUUAUAUAAAGCCAAUUAUAUGGAAAAGAAAAAAAAAAGUGUUGGAAUUUUUUUUAGAGUCCUUUGUCAUUCUUCUUGGAGAGUUAGUGUACUUGCUCAUUUUAUUGAACUAGGGAGAGAUUACCUAAUAUCAUUUUGCCUUAAAAAAAGAUCUGUAUUGUCUGUUAAGUCAGAUGUUGCUGUUUCACAUUCAGUAAAAUAUUGUGAAUUGAUUUCAAACACAAGUUGAGGGGUAGUUUCAGAUAUUUUUAAUUCAUCAACUUCAAUAUUAAUAUCUACUGAGCUUUUAUUUCACAAGUAUUGUUUUAGUUCCAGUUUAUCCAAGAGGUUAUGUUCAGUAUGUCUUUUGAUAGCAAUGAUGUAUUCCCAAUCACUUUAGUAAUGGUUCUCCUAGUUUUAAACUAAGGAAAAGGAAGUUUGUUUUCCACUAUGUGCCCUUAUCUCUGUAAUACCUUUUCUUCCACUGCUCAUACUGUGCAAUUUUGCCUUUUAACUUGAUCAUCCUUUGACCUUAGUGUCCAGAAAAGACAAGAAAAUAAUUGCAAGUGUAUUUUUUUCUAUUCAGUAUCUAUUCCACUCUAUCCUGAAAAUGAGUUGAGGGUUAAAAAGCAAGAAAUAAGUGAAAGGAGAGGCUAAGGAGGAAGUGAGUCUGAAAUGCUUUAGGCACAAAUUGUGGAGGUUGGGAAGCAAGAAUACUUUGCCCUGUGAUUCCCAAACAUUGUGCUCCAAAUAUAUUAACUUGUUCAGAGACUUUCUUGGGUAAUUGCCUCAGAUUCCUAUCUCUGAUGUACUAUACUGAAUGCCAUAAUUAUUUUUAUGGAAGUUGAAGAAUUCUUUAUAUCCAUGGACAGAAGGAAGAAGGUGGGGAGAAAUGGAAGAAACAAUGAAAAGCAUCCUUCCAGCUCCUAUUCAAAUAACUUGACUGUACUGUUCUUUUGUCCAGAUGGGAAAUUUUUAGUAACAAUCAGUGAAGAGAAACAAGCUCUGACUUAGAUGCUUGACUACAAGAUAGUUUCUACAACCAUUUGCACUCUAAUUUUGGCUUAAAAUUAGUGGGGUCAGAAAAAUUUCCAGAAAGGCAAACAAUGGUCUUCACAAUACUUCACACAACUUUAUAUAAUUUCUUAAAUAUUCUAAGUUUGGACAUUUUCAUUUUUUCAUGGGACAAAACUUUUGUUUUAGUUUUGAUGUAGAUCUUUGUUAUUUAUGUUUUUGUUUAUUGGGGAGUGUUGGCGAUGGGACUUGACUUUUUUUCCUGAGAACUCUCACCAUGGAAGCUCAUUUUUCCUGAUACAAAGUAUUAUUCCUCUGACUAAGAAAUUAUUUACUCAGAUAAAAUGUGUCAAAGGCAGAUCUUGAAUUUGUGAUUCUAAAUGACUCUAAAACUUGAAGUCAUGACCUGAAAUCUGUUCUCUUUCUACUAGACCAGACUCCCAUAUCUGUGCAUAUAUUACCUAUGUAUGUAUAUGUAUACCAAUAAGGUGUGGGAAGAAGAGUGAUAUGAUAAAACACAAAAUCAACACAGAAGCAUAGGAAGAACUCAAAAUGAAAGGAUCCUAGGAUUUAGAACUGCAUCUGAGUAUAGAAUAGGCAAAUGGUUCGUUUCCUUAUUCUAUGGAAGAGAAAUUGACUGUCAGAGACAUCAAGUGAUUUGUCUAGUCAUAUACAAGUAUUAAAUAACAUGAUUGCAGAAGUCAGUAUCAGGUUUUCUGACUUUACAUCUGGUGCAAUUUCCAAAUGGAUAUUCAAUGAAUAAAUGGAAAUGUAUUUAUAUGGUUUCCUGAUUUCUUAAAGUCUAUGUUACUACUUUAAUGAUAUUUGAAGCAUGCUUUAUUGAAUGUAAUAUAGUUAAAAAAAUUUUCCUGUUGAUGAGGAGUACCUUUAUAUACUUUUAUUGAUACAGUAUGUUGUAAUAUAGUGUU